CACUCCACACUUCCAGACGCGUCGCGACACCUCGCCCAUAGCGCAUGCAACAGGCGGACAGGAUGCGCUUCAAGGCAUCGAUACAGAACAUAACAACCUUUACAAAGCUCACAGCAUCGCUUAAUUCGCUCGGUCCGCUUGCGUGGGUCAAACUCAGCGAGGAGCAGGUAUGCUUCACAAUUAUACCAGAACAGGGCACCCAAGUAUGGGCUGUUCUUUCUAUUGACUCCAUCUUUGAGACCAUCAGCGUGCAAUCAGCAGCGAACAAUGUCAUCAACCUUGAAGUACCCCUGGCAUCACUGAAUCGCGCUCUGAAGUCAGCAAUUAAUGCGACAUCAGCUCAAAUACGCCUCACCAAAAAGGAUAAUCUGCCUAUGCUCGCUCUUACCAUUGUCACCACCACUGCCUUCGAAAGUGACUUUGGUGGUGGCAAUCGCGAGACAAUCGUGACCCAAGAGAUACCUGUGCGAGUCCUCGCGCCAGACACAGUCGCUCAUUUGCACGAGCCAGCCUGCCGAGAGCCAGACGUGCACAUCAUACUGCCGCCUCUAAUGCAGCUCAAGAGCAUCAGCGACAGAUUUACUAAGCUGGCGCUCGCAGACACAAAGACAGGUAGCACCACUACUUCGGCUAGAACGCGUUUGGAAAUCGCAGCAAACAUGCAUGGCUGUCUGAAGAUGAGCAUCAGAUCUGAUGCUAUGAACAUCUCAUCCAUUUGGACUGAUCUCAACAAUCCAGAACUUGAUCCAGGUCACGUGGCAGGAGGUGAGAAUGGCAUUGCGGAGCACCCCAGUACGCGCAUGAAGCAGCUCGGGAGCGCUGAUGGACGAAGCGAUGAAGGUUGGGCUGUAGUGCGUAUUGAUGGCCGUGACUGGGGCAAAGUCAUGAGCGUCGGUAGACUGGGUGGGCGGGUCAUUGCAUGCUUCUGCCACGAGCACGCUUUGAUCUUGUAUGUUUACUUGCCUAACGACAAUGGCGAGGAUGAGUCGGUCUUGACAUACUUCAUCAGCUCCUACAGCGCAUAGUCAUGAGUCACUAGUAUCUUUGCAGUCAUCACCUAGUGCUACCACUCCUAGGAGAAAAGAGACCCUGUAAUCCGCAUACUGUUAUGCAAAUCCAAACUACGCUGUUGAAACUGCAUCAUGCAACCUCGCAUCUACUCACUGCCCACUCAGCCUUACCCGUCCGCGGGACCCAACUACGUAGAUCAGU